AUGUAUCAGCUCCGACAGAGAAGAGUGUCAAUUCAGUGUACCAGCUCCGACAGAGAACAGUAUCAAUUCAGUGUACCAGCUCCGACAGAGAAGAGUAUCAAUUCAGUGUACCAGCUCCGACAGAGAACAGUAUCAAUUCAGUGUACCAGCUCCGACAGAGAAGCGUAUCAAUUCAAUGUACCAGCUCCGACAGAGAAGAGUAUCAAUUUAAUGUACCAGCUCCGACAGAGAAGAGUAGCAGUGUCAACAUCUGGGAGCCUGGUUCUCACUGAUCUAAGCGAAGUAGGCUCCUAUUGGACAGUGUCAACAUCUGGGAGCCUGGUUCUCACUGAUCUAAGCGAAGUAGGCUCCUAUUGGACAGUGUCAACAUCUGGGAGCCUGGUUCUCACUGAUCUAAGCGAAGUAGGCUCCUAUUGGACAGUGUCAACAUCUGGGAGCCUGGUUCUCACUGAUCUAAGCGAAGUAGGCUCCUAUUGGACAGUGUCAACAUCUGGGAGCCUGGUUCUCACUGAUCUAAGCGAAGUAGGCUCCUAUUGGACAGUGUCAACAUCUGGGAGCCUGGUUCUCACUGAUCUAAGCGAAGUAGGCUCCUAUUGGACAGUGUCAACAUCUGGGAGCCUGGUUCUCACUGAUCUAAGCGAAGUAGGCUCCUAUUGGACAGUGUCAACAUCUGGGAGCCUGGUUCUCACUGAUCUAAGCGAAGUAGGCUCCUAUUGGACAGUGUCAACAUCUGGGAGCCUGGUUCUCACUGAUCUAAGCGAAGUAGGCUCCUAUUGGACAGUGUCAACAUCUGGGAGCCUGGUUCUCACUGAUCUAAGCGAAGUAGGCUCCUAUUGGACAGUGUCAACAUCUGGGAGCCUGGUUCUCACUGAUCUAAGCGAAGUAGGCUCCUAUUGGACAGUGUCGACAUCUGGGAGCCUGGUUCUCACUGAUCUAAGCGAACACAUUCACUUCAGCACUUUCACUUCAUCACUUUCACAUCAUCACUUUCACAUCAUCACCUUCACUUCAGCACUUUCACUUCAUCACCUUCACUUCAGCACAUUCACUUCAUCACAUUCACUUCAGCACAUUCACUUCAGCACUUUCACUUCAUCACUUUCACAUCAUCACUUUCACAUCAUCACCUUCACUUCAGCACUUUCACUUCAUCACCUUCACUUCAGCACAUUCACUUCAGCACUUUCACUUCAUCACUUUCACAUCAUCACUUUCACAUCAUCACCUUCACUUCAGCACUUUCACUUCAUAACCUUCACUUCAUCACCUUCACUUCAGCACUUUCACUUCAUCACAUUCACCAGCACUUUCACUUCAGCACUUUCACUUCGGCACUUUCACAUCAUCACCUUCACUUCAGCAAUUCACUUCAGCACUUUCACUUCAUCACUUUCACAUCAUCACCUUCACUUCAGCACUUUCACUUCAUCACUUUCACUUCAUCACCUUCACUUUAUCACUUUCACAUCAUCACCUUCACUUCAGCACUUUCACUUCAUCACUUUCACUUCAUCACCUUCACUUUAUCACUUUCACUUCAUCACUUUCACUUCAUCACCUUCUCUUCAGCACAUUCACUUCAGCACUUUCACUUCAGCACUUUCACUUCAGCACUUUCACUUCAUCACUUUCACUUCAGCACUUUCACUUUAUCACCUUCACUUUAUCACCUUCACUUCAGCACUUUCUCUUCAGCACUUUCACUUCAUCACCUUCACUUCAUCACUUUCACUUCAUCACCUUCACUUCAUCACCUUCACUUCAGCACUUUCACUUCAUCUCAUUCACUUCAUAACCUUCACUUCAUCACUUUCACUUCGGCACUUUCACUUCAUCACCUUCACUUCAGCACAUUCACUUCAGCACUUUCACUUCAUCACUUUCACAUCAUCACUUUCACAUCAUCACCUUCACUUCAGCACUUUCACUUCAUCACCUUCACUUCAGCACAUUCACUUCAUCACAUUCACUUCAGCACAUUCACUUCAGCACUUUCACUUCAUCACUUUCACAUCAUCACUUUCACAUCAUCACCUUCACUUCAGCACUUUCACUUCAUCACCUUCACUUCAGCACAUUCACUUCAGCACUUUCACUUCAUCACUUUCACAUCAUCACUUUCACAUCAUCACCUUCACUUCAGCACUUUCACUUCAUCACAUUCACUUCAUAACCUUCACUUCAUCACUUUCACUUCAUCACCUUCACUUCAGCACUUUCACUUCAUCACUUUCACUUCAUCACCUUCACUUCAGCACAUUCACUUCAGCACUUUCACUUCAUAACCUUCACUUCAUCACCUUCACUUCAGCACUUUCACUUCAUCACAUUCACCAGCACUUUCACUUCAGCACUUUCACUUCGGCACUUUCACAUCAUCACCUUCACUUCAGCAAUUCACUUCAGCACUUUCACUUCAUCACUUUCACAUCAUCACCUUCACUUCAGCACUUUCACUUCAUCACUUUCACUUCAUCACCUUCACUUUAUCACUUUCACAUCAUCACCUUCACUUCAGCACUUUCACUUCAUCACUUUCACUUCAUCACCUUCACUUUAUCACUUUCACUUCAUCACUUUCACUUCAUCACCUUCUCUUCAGCACAUUCACUUCAGCACUUUCACUUCAGCACUUUCACUUCAGCACUUUCACUUCAUCACUUUCACUUCAGCACUUUCACUUUAUCACCUUCACUUUAUCACCUUCACUUCAGCACUUUCACUUCAUCACCUUCACUUCAGCACUUUCUCUUCAGCACUUUCACUUCAUCACCUUCACUUCAGCACUUUCACUUCAUCACCUUCACUUCAGCACUUUCACUUCAUCACCUUCAUUUCAGCACUUUCACUUAA